CACACCCACUGUAUUGAGGGCUCGCGGCCGCCGCGCCACCCUCCCCCAUGGCAGCCGCCAACCACUGUGUCCGCCCUCGGCUGUCUCCCUGUCCUCUCCUUCCAGUUUCCCUCUCCCUCCCCGCGCCACCCGCUUCCCGCCGCCUCCGCCGCGGGCGCCCUCCCUUUGCCUCAUGGCGCCCACCGCCGUCACCGUCUCCCGCUCCUCCUCUCCCCAGGAAACGCGUCUCCGGCACCCACCGCGAGGACGCGGAGGCGGACGGAGCCGUGGUAGAUGAAGGCGCCGAGGCGAAGGAGCAGCUGGAGCGCGGGGAUGGGGAGUACGUAUCGAGCGUGGGCACGAACUUCAGUCUUCCCCUCCCAGCACGCUUGCGCGUGGCCCGCGCGGCACCGGGCGGCGACCCGGUGUUCUUUCUCCUGGCCGCUGUCGCUGUCACGUUGGUUUGUGCGGUGCAGACGUGCGUGGCGUUCACGGGAAUGGUGGUCGUGGCGAUUCCGACCAUGCUGGCUAUGAGGAGAGCCACGAAUUCAUUUUCUAUGCUGGCUGACGCAGCUCUAGAGGAGUUACCAAGUACCAUGGCCGCUGUAAGGCUCUCUGGCAUGGAAAUCAGUGACCUCACCCUUGAACUUAGUGACUUGAGUCAUGAGAUAGCAGAUGGUGUCAACAAGUCAGCCAAGGUUGCUCAAGCAGUGGAGGCUGGCAUUGGACAGAUGCAGAACAUAGCUCGACAGCAGGCAAAAUCAAUGGUAGAAGAGCGAGCAAACUUGCGGACUAUCCCCACUGUAGGGCAAGAUAAGGAGUCCCAUAAAUCAUCUAGCCGGCUUCGACAAUGACAUAACGGGCCAGAUCCCUGAUUGUAGCGGAUGUAUGUUUUUUCUCUCUCUGGAGCCUUCUGUUGAAGUAUUUACCUGCAGUUUGGGAAUGGAUUUGGAUUGCCCAAAGUCCAAUCGUACGUUUUCCUCCUUGGACUUUUAAGUCCAAAAUAAAUCUGUAUUUUGGUUCGCAGGUAGGCCAAACUUUGGACUAUACGAGAUGCAGUCCAAAAUAAUUCUUUGUUAGCUUUAGGUAUUCUCUCAUAUAAAUCUGAAAACAUUGAAAAAUAGCAAGGAGAUGAUUCUGCUUGUAUCUUUUAUGCUCCCUAUUCCCUACAGAGCUAUUCCACUGAACGAUUUCGUUUGAAGAGCACACCAUGAUCUAUUUCUUUCUCAA